CCUAUUAAGGCUGCAGCUUUUAUGACCCGGUUUAUGAAAUGUGGUGAGAAACUGUCAGAGCGAGAGAAGAAGAAGAGGAGGGGUGGGGGGCUCUCGUGCUCUCACUGGAGGAGCGAGAAAAAAACGUCCGUUCGAGCGAUACAAACUCAACUAUCAAAGCCAAGGACCGCGCUGCACAGAAGACCGAGCAAGACACGCGAUAUGUCUCGCGGAUUCAGGUCUGUUUGGAUAUGCUCAGGGCGCUGUGUUUCCAAACUAUGGUCACUGGGUUAAACGUGGAUAUACUGAGAGACAGUCAACGUUUCUGCUCAACUGCCCGGAGCGAAUAGUAUGCCCGUGCAGCUGGCACCGCUCACGCGAUGUGGAAUAUGGCACGUGUAAAUAUGGGUUUCCUCGCGAUCCUGUGUCUUCCGACGCUGUUCUUCGACGUCCUCGUCCUGUCCCACAAAAGCAACAUCUAUGAGAGGUCGGCAGUCCCGCGAGCCGCACCCCGCUCCGUGGCCCGGAUGGAUGGAGAUGUGAUAAUCGGUGCCCUCUUCUCCGUCCACCACCAGCCGUCUGCUGAAAAAGUGGCUGACCGAAAGUGUGGGGAUGUUCGGGAGCAGUACGGCAUCCAGCGGGUAGAGGCCAUGUUCCACACCCUGGACAGAAUCAAUGCCGACCCUUUCCUGCUCCCCAACAUCAGCCUGGGCUGUGAGAUCCGGGACUCCUGCUGGCACUCCUCCGUGGCCCUGGAGCAGAGCAUUGAGUUCAUCCGGGAUUCCCUCAUCUCGAUCCGGGAUGACAAGGACGGCUCCAAGUGGUGCAUAGACGGCACGCCGUCCAACCAACCCCCGCCCUCCAAGAAGCCUAUUGCGGGGGUGAUUGGGCCGGGUUCCAGCUCCGUUGCCAUCCAGGUACAGAACCUCCUACAGCUCUUCAACAUUCCCCAGAUUGCUUACUCAGCGACCAGUAUCGACCUGAGCGACAAGACUCUGUUUAAGUACUUCCUGCGGGUCGUGCCCUCUGACACGCUCCAGGCCCGGGCCAUGCUGGACAUAGUCAAGCGCUACAACUGGACCUACGUGUCUGCGGUACACACGGAGGGAAACUAUGGGGAGAGUGGCAUGGAGGCCUUCAAGGAGCUGGCCACCCAGGAGGGUUUGUGCAUCGCCCACUCUGACAAGAUCUACAGCAACGCUGGGGAGAAGCACUUUGACCGCCUGCUUAAGAAGCUCCGUGAUCGUUUGCCCAAGGCUCGCGUGGUGGUGUGUUUCUGUGAGGGAAUGACUGUACGCGGCCUCCUAAUGGCCAUGAGACGUCUGGGUGUGGCUGGAGGAGAGUUCCUCCUCAUUGGCAGUGAUGGAUGGGCAGAUCGUGAUGAAGUGGUAGAGGGGUAUGAACAGGAAGCUGAAGGUGGGAUCACGAUGAAGCUGCAGUCAGAGGAAGUGAAGUCAUUUGAUGACUACUUCCUGAAGCUGCGUUUGGACACCAACUCACGGAACCCGUGGUUCCCAGAGUUCUGGCAGUACCGCUUCCAGUGCCGGCUGGCCGGACAUCCACAGGAAAUGAAGAAAUACAAGAAAGUCUGCUCCGGCAACGAGAGUCUUCAUGAGAACUACGUCCAAGACAGUAAGAUGGGCUUCGUCAUUAAUGCCAUCUAUGCCAUGGCCCACGGUCUCCAUGACAUGCACAGUGAGCUGUGCCCUGGCCAGCCAGGCCUGUGUGAGGCCAUGGACCCCAUCGAUGGCAGUAAGCUGCUGGAUUACCUGCUCAAGAUCACCUUCAGAGGGGUAUCAGGGGAGGAUGUGUACUUCGACGAGAACGGGGACACUCCGGGCAGGUAUGACAUCAUGAACCUGCAAAGUGUGGGAGACGGUAGCUAUGACUACCAGCAGGUGGGCUCGUGGCACGAGGGCAUUCUGAACAUCGAUGACUGGAAGCUGUGGAUGAACAACAGUGACAUGGUCCGCUCCGUCUGCAGCGAGCCCUGCUCCAGGGGACAGAUCAAGGUGAUCAGGAAGGGCGAGGUGAGCUGCUGCUGGAUCUGCACUACCUGUAAGGACAAUGAGAUUGUCCGGGAUGAGUUUACCUGUCAAGCCUGUGACCUGGGCUGGUGGCCUGAUGACGAGCUGGAAGGUUGUGUGCCCCUGCCUCUGAAUUACCUGGACUGGUCAGACGUGGAGUCCAUCGUGGCAGUGUGUUUGUCCUGCGUGGGCAUCCUGGUCACCCUCUGGGUCAUCUUAAUCUUUGUGGUGUACCGCGACACGCCCGUGGUCAAGUCGUCCAGUCGUGAGCUGUGCUACAUCAUCCUGGUGGGCGUCUUAUUGGGCUACAUCUGCCCAUUCACCCUGAUCGCCUAUCCCACUGUGGCAUCCUGUUACCUGCAGCGCCUCCUAGUCGGCCUCUCAGCCGCAAUGUGCUACUCCGCCCUGGUCACCAAAACCAACCGCAUCGCCCGCAUCCUGGCUGGCAGCAAGAAGAAGAUCUGCACCAAGAAGCCCCGCUUCAUGUCGGCCUGGGCCCAGGUAUUCAUUUCCUUCUUCCUCAUCAGCCUGCAACUCAUCCUGGAAAUAACCCUGAUCAUCCUGGAGCCUCCCAUGCCCGUCAAGUACUACCCCAGCAUCCGCGAGGUCUACCUCAUCUGCAACACCAGCACGGUGGGCAUGGUGGCCCCACUGGGCUACAAUGGCCUGCUCAUCAUGAGCUGUACCUACUACGCCUUCAAGACGCGCAACGUCCCGGCCAACUUCAACGAGGCCAAGUACAUCGCCUUCACCAUGUACACCACCUGUAUCAUCUGGUUGGCCUUCGUUCCCAUCUACUUCGGCUCCAACUACAAGAUCAUCACCACGUCCUUCUCCGUGAGCCUGAGCGUCACCGUGGCGCUGGGGUGCAUGUUCUCGCCCAAGAUGUAUAUCAUCAUCGCCAAGCCAGAGAGGAACGUGAGGAGCGCCUUCACCACGUCCGAUGUAGUCAGGAUGCAUGUGGGAGACGGCCAGGCGGCUCAGCAGAGCAAGAGCAUUCUCAACAUGUUCCGUAGGAAGAAGAACGGAAACGGAAGCACCAAUUCUAAUGGCAAGUCUGUGUCAUGGUCUGAACCAGGUGCAAGACACCCUCAGAGGGGGGGGAAUGUGUGGCACAGACUGUCUGUGCAUGUGAGGAAACAGGAAGCCGGCUCGAAUCAGACGGCGGUCAUCAGGCCCCUAACUAACGCCACCGUCGACCCCCACAGCUGCGACCCCCACAACCACCACCAUGGCCCUGGCACAGACCCCCACCUCCCCCAUCCCCACCCCGGCACCAAGGCUCUGUACAACCUGGCGGAGGAGGAGGACGAGGGGGGGGAAGCACGCCCUCUCUGUACUCCCUCCCACUCCCACUCCGGAAUGCUCCACGGGCAGGACUCGGAGGAGCCACCCUCUUAUUCUCACUUAACGGACUGUACCACUGAGCAUUUGCAGGGGGCGAUGGUGGACACGCACGGCUCCAAUGUCCCUGGAUUUAAUGACACAAAGGGUGCCUCCGGCAUUCAGGCCAGCUCCACCAACCAACCCCAAAGCUUCACCUUCUCUCAGCUUUCCCAUCCCCUGCAAGGGGUGGCUUCUUUUGGAGAGGAGGACCUCAUCUCCUCCCUGGAGGGUGCUGAGGGGGAGGCACUGGACCUCCUACACAGCUACACAGAGGAGGAGGAAGAGGACGAUGAGAAGGAGGAGCUGGCUCAGAGUAAGCUGACUCUGGAAGACUCCUUGGCUUUGACUCCCCCCUCCCCCUUCAGGGACUCAGUGUGUUCUGCCGGGUCGGUUCCCGGCUCCCCUGUCUCUGAGUUGGUCUUCAGCAGCCCCCCGAGCUCUGUUUACUCCUCCGUCAUCCUCCAGGACUUCAGACAGAGCUCCUCGACACUGUGAGAGCUACCAGGCACUGACACACACACAGACUCACACACAGAGACACCAAGUUACUAAGAGGUAACAUCAACAAUUUUAUUAUUUAUUUAUUUAUACAUUUCUCCAUUUGCUCUGUCAUUCGCUUGCUUGGAUUAUACAAUACUUUUUACAUCAAGGGGGAGUCUAAGUGAGAGAAAAAAAAUUAAUAAAUGGAAUAGUAGCAAUCAUGUUUCUGAAGGGCUGUGAGUCCCCACCAGCCUUUCAGCAAACUUUGAGACUGGGAACAGUGCCCAAACUACUUGGUUCUUGAGCCAAAUGGAUUGGCAAUCACAAUGAUGGCUGUAGCUAUAUGGUUUGGUUUUGCUAUUGUUGUGCAUUUAACAUAUCCUAUGAGACAAAUGGAGGGAAGCCCUAUUGCUGUGUAUAAGGUGCUUGGGACUUCUAUGAUUUCAGUGAGAUACAGGGACAAAGCCGGCUAAAGACUACAGAUCACAGAAUGCACUGCCUGUUUGGUCCAAUACUGUACCUGUGCAGUUCAUAAUAUUAUGUGUAGCAGACGCAGCUGUUUCAAGACUCUUUGCCUUUUUCAUAGACUUAGUCGUCAAUAAGAAGCAUUCACCUCAGCUUACCAGUACUUUUACUACUGACCUCAUUGCAGCUCAAACAUUUGCUCUCUGAUAGGAAAUAAACUUUCUUUAUGAACCGCAGGAUAUGCUACAGUAUUUGAUAUAAGACUGAUGUUUUCAUGCAGUAUUAUGUGUCUCUGACAAUGCAUACAGGGCCCUAAGGUACUGUAACAUAGUAUACUUUAAUUGGAGAUUGAGUAUUUGCGCUAUGAGAUACUUUGCAACAUGUUUUGUUAUUGUGCCAAUGAAAGUAGUUUUCCAGUUCUCUGCAUUAAUGUUUACUGUAUAGCUCUUUGAUCGCACUUUGCAGAGACUGGUGAUAAGGCAUCUUCAGGAGAUUCUGAGAUUGUGUACAGUAUUCUACAUUAUAUGGUGGGUUUGUCCACCCACAUUGCCCAGAGUGUUUGAAAACAUGUUUUGGUAAUGAAAUUCAACUUCCUUAUGUUAUAAAAUACAUUUUACCAAGACAAAUAUUAUUCUUCAUGUUCUGAAUCAUUCAGUGGGGUCUGUCUCUAACAUAUCAUUAACAUUAUUACCAAAAAGCCGGAUUUCUUAACCUAAUACAUUCGAUAAUAAGCACAGAGCUCCGUUGACAUACAGUAACGUUGCAAGUUUCUCCUAACAACUUAACAUUUUGUGGUCGUCGUCUUCAAAGUUGUUUCCGCGGGUCGCAAAAAGCUAAAUAUGCAUGACGAGCUGAAUUAAACGUAAAGGGCAUUGAAAAUAAAAAGCUUGGUAUACGCUCUGUGCUUCAUUGACAUUUCACAGAGAUAAGCAUGUUUUGGUGACAAAUCUUUAAAAAUUACAGGAAUUUUGAAUUAAUAUGUAAAGCGUAUACUAAAAUAUGAAAAUACUACAUGACAUGUCUCAAAAUCGAUAUCCAUCUUACCUCUAUAUUUUUUAAAAGCCCUGCAGAUUUGAGAAGAAAAAUGACGAGUUCAACAGGAAAGUGAACCUGUCAGGUAACCAUAGCCUUAAUUCUUGCACAUAAUCCAGCCUAUCUGACACAAUGUACAUUUCCUGAUUUUUGUACCACUUUUUUCUCUAGCCUCCCUUGAUUUAGUCACCCUAAUUCUGGCCAUCCUAUAAGGGUAAAUACUACAAUAACAUUUGAACAGAUUAUGAUAGAGAUAUGAGGUUUGGACCAUUGGUUUUCUUUGAGGAUUAUCUACACAAUUAACACAUUUUACCCAUUGGUCAAAAGAUGCGUUUCUGAUUGGACACCCUAUACUGUGUGUGUGAUGAUAGGUCGCUGUGUCAUUGUAAUGGGAAUCUACUUGUGUAUGUUUUCAAAGUCUGUAAUACUGUUGAGCCAUCUCUCGUUUUUUCACACGGAUGGUAUGUUUGUAAUAUCAGUAAAUGUUUAUAUAUUUAGAAUGUUAAACUAUUUAUACAUUUUAAAACUUGUCUUACAGAUGCUUGUGGAAGAGCUGUGUGUUGACAUUGAUUCUGGGUAACUUUUCAGAUAAACUUUACAAGUCAACUGUAUCCACUUGGAAAUAUUAAGAUGUAAAGCUUACCAAUGGGUAGUUAGUUGCUUCUUGUGGUAAGAUUAUACACGCUUCAAUCUCGCUUAGAUCUUGUACUAUAAAAUUGCAGUUGGUUUACUUGAUCAUAAGUUUAUUAGUACUUUAUCUGUAAGAAUGAAAAUCCAAAGUAUAUAAACAUGAAUAUACAGUAUGUAUAGUACUAUAGUAUUGUAAUUGUUAUUACAAAAUGUUAUAUUUAGUCUAUUAGUGUAAGUUGAUUGAAGAUUUUAACAUUUCUUAAAUGUAAAGUAACAGAAAGAUCACGUUUUACACAGUCUCAGCUUGAAUGAGAUAGGCCUACAUGUUUUUGGCAAGGUGAACA